AUGCAAAGGCCCCCCUUCUUCCCCCUCUCCCCCAUCUUCUCCCCCUUCCCCUCCCUUCCCCUUCAUCGCGCGACCGAUCCAGACCCCCCCAAACCGUGGACCUGCGAUGUUUCCUCUGGAAGCUGGACACCUUCCGCGAACCUUCCACUCUACACCGGGCUGACGUGUCCGUACAUCCGCUCCGGCCACAACUGCCAGUCCGCGGGGCGCUCCGAUAUGAGCUACCAGAAGCAGCGCUGGCGGCCGUGGGGGUGCAAGGUGGUGCAGUUGACGCCACAGAGACUCCUCACUCUCUUCCGCAACAAGACGGUCGUGGUGUUCGGCGACAGCGUCUCUAAGGACCUCUCCACGUCGCUGCGCUGCAUGCUGCACGCCGCCAGCCCCAACUUCUCGCGAUUCAAGCUCGCAGGAGGGGCGACGAGAGUGUGGGGCGAGAAGGUGAGCAACAGAGAGGAAACAAAAAUGUCGCUCUUCUCCUCGCAUCUCAACCACAUUGGGUUCAUCCCCGAUGCAUCCCAACCUCCGUCCCUUAUCAUCUCCUUCAUCUCCCUCUCUCCCGGUUCACGUCCCCAUCUCACUACCCUCCUCACUCGCCCAUAUCUCUCUUCUCCUCACUCCCACAUCUCACAUGUUCAGGUGGAACCCCAAAACAUCCGCAUAGUGUCGCUCUUCUCCUCGCAUCUCAACGACAUUGGGUUCAUCCCCGACGCAUCCCAACCUCCUUCUGCCGCUGCUGCUGCUGCCGGUGUUGGCGGUGUUGGCGCUAAUGGUGCUGGUGCUGGUUGUGAUGUUAGUGCAUCUAAUGCUGCUGCUGCGGCGUCUGUUGAUAGAACGGAGGAAGCUCGAGAAGAAGCAGUUAGAGCAGUGGCAACCGAAGCAGACAUAGCACGAGCCACCACAAUGAGUGCCACUGCCGCUGCUGCCGAAGCAGGAACAGCAGUGGCAACAGGAGAAGCAGGGGAAACAACAGCAGCAACAAGAGCAGCAAGAGGAGCAGGUUCCGGGAAUCUUCCAGGGAGAGUCUCACCCCAAGCGCAGCAGCAAGCACGACGAGUCUUCCUCGACCAGAUCGACCCAAAGAUUAAAGACCUGCUCCCUAAAGCCGACAUAGUUAUUUUCCAGGCGACUAACUGGUGGUACGCGGAAGACAACCAGUGGUUCCUAGGCGGCAGGCAGCAGAAAAUAACCCGAGACGCAGCCUAUGCGAUCGGGCUGGCGACUCUAAGAGACCAUGUGGCGCGGUCGGGCUUUAAGGGAAAGGCGGUGGUGAUGGGCGUGUCUCCUUCGCACUAUAUCGUCCCGGUGGCUGGGAUGAAGAAGGGGAAAUGCGACAUUAACACGCGUCUUGACUGGAACCAGACAAAAGAACUGAGGAUGGAUGACCGAUCAUUUGAAAUGCGCAAGGUGCAGCUGCAGGUGCUGAAAUCAUCUCUAUUCUCCCCACUCCUUGUUGCCUUCCUUUCUCCGUCCGCUCCUCCCACCCUUAUCCAUUCAAACGAAGGAAGUGAGGAGGAUGGACAGCCGAUCAUUUGA